CGCUAUUCAUGGUAUGUUUGUAAACUUCUUGACGAACUUCACAGACAAGAACGCGAAGAGCUAGAGAACAAGCUUGAAGCAAAAGACAAAAACAUACAGAAAAGAAUACCACGUUCGGUACCAAAAGGAAAGGAAAAGAACUAUAAGUAUAUGAUUUAUACUGAAGAGAUGGAAAAUGAAGAAGACAGAGAUAUGGUUAUGUUGCAUUUAGUCAGAAGAAACAACAAAAGCUUUUACGACCUUGCUAAGAUUUACAAAUCUGACAGAAAUUGGUUCUAUCGUGAAAACUUACCGAUUUCAAUGACCCCAAAUGAAGAUGUGAAACAAAUAGUUCAAGAUACGUUACCUCAAACACACUAUGAUAUGAAAGGUUGUACAAUACUUACCUUCAAAGAAGAUUUGCCAUUGUUAAAGGAAAAAAUAACAGAGUAUUUUGACAACUUCAAACAAGCAGAGUAA